UCGCGUAGCUCUGUCCCCCGUUACCGUCUCCACGUCCAAGUUGAAGUCCAAGUUGAAGUCGAAGUCUCUGUCAUGGUGCUUGUCCGUCUCCACUGGCCUCUGUCCCUGUCUCUGGUGGUGUGUGGGUUGCUUCUGCUGGCCACCACCAUUGACGUCACUUGCGGCAAGCGGCUGGAGCAGCCAUUGAAUCGAGGGGAUCGUAAAAUCCAAAGGUAUGACAAUCGCAUUGUGGGUGGCCAGGAGGCACCGGAUGGAGUGGCACCCUAUCAGGUGUCCAUCCAAACCACCUGGGGAACGCACAUCUGCAGCGGUGUCAUCCUCGAUGAAGAAUGGAUACUCACCGCCGGACACUGUGCCUUGGAUUAUGGCCUCGCCGAUCUUCGGAUUAUAGUUGGAACCAACGAUCGUCUGAGUCCUGGCCAGACUCUGUUCCCCGACGAGGCUUUGGUCCACUGUCUGUAUGAUGUUCCUUAUUUGUACAACAAUGACAUUGGUUUGAUUCAUCUGAAUGAAUCCAUUAUCUUCAAUGAUCGCGUGAAGAUCGUAGAGCUGAGCUCGGCGCAGCCUCCGGUUGGUGCUACGGCCACUUUGACGGGUUGGGGUGCUCCGGAGAGCAGCCUGCCUACGGUGCAGUUCCUGCAGACCCUUAACCUGACCAUCAUCGAUCAGGAGGAAUGUCGGAAGGCUUGGGAUUAUCACACCGGCAUCGACAUUGGCCAUAUCUGCACCUUCACAAAGGCAGGAGAAGGCUCCUGCUCUGGCGACUCGGGAGGACCUCUUAUGUGGCAGGGAAGGCUGGUGGGUCUGGUCAACUGGGGACGACCCUGCGGCGUGGGCAUGCCAGACAUGUUCGCCAACACUGUGUACUAUCAGGAUUGGAUCCGCAGGACUCGAUCGGGCUGCAAGAACAGGGUCACGUAAAGGAGAUCGUAAAGAAUAUUGCUGACCGGCGCAUGAAUUUGCAAAAUAUAUAAUUAUUUUUACUUGA